AUGGCUUUCACUUCAAGUGAGUCUAAUGAUUCUGAAAUGGCAAGUAAUUCAAGUGAAUCAAGUGGUUGGAUGUAUGAAGCAGCAGCAAUAGCAGCUUAUGCAAUGCUUGAUUGUGGGAUAUCUUCAUCUGAAAAGAAGCCAAGAAAAGUGCCUGAAGAAUCAGGCUAUCAAUUUGUUCAGAGGCAACUCAGUAAUGAAGAGAGCUGCUAUAACAUGUUCAGAAUGGGAAGGUUAGUGUUCUAUAGCUUGCAUGAGGAACUAGUUAACAAUUAUGGUUUGACAUCCUCAGAUGAGAUGUGCUCGAUAGAAGCACUUGGUAUGUUCUUAUGGAUGUGUGGUGCACCUCAAUCAGUUCGGCAAGCAAAGCAUAUUUUUUCACAUUCUUUAGAAACUGUGAGUAGGAGGUUCAAUGAUGUCCUAGAAGCUGUGAAUCUUUUGGCUGCCAAAAAUAUUAAACCCAUAGAUGAGACCUUUGCUGUGGUGCAUCCAAAAAUCCGAGAGCAUAGAUCCUGGCCUCAUUUCAGAAAUUGCAUAGGUGCAAUAGAUGGAACACAUAUUGAAGUCAUUGUUCCACCAUCUAAGCAGCCAGUGCAUAUGAAUCGACAUGGAUAUUGCAGUCAGAAUGCUAUGGCUGUUUGUGAUUUUGAUAUGAGAUUCACAUUUGUGGUAGUGGGAUGGCCUGGGUCUGCUCAUGAUACUCGCAUAUGGAGGGACACUGUGUUCAAUAAAUACAAAAAUACUUUUCCACAACCUCCCGUCGAGAAGUACUAUCUUGUUGACUCAGAUUACCCAAAUAGAAAUGGCUAUCUAGCACCUUAUAAAGGUCAAAGGUACCACAUUACAGAAUUUCAAAAUGCUAGCCAACCAAUUGGGUUGAAGGAGUUGUUCAACCAUGCUCACUCAUCGCUUAGAAAUGUUAUUGAGCGUUCAUUUGGGGUGCUGAAAAUGAAAUGGCGCAUUCUUUUAAAAAUGCCGAGCUACUCAAUGGAGAAGCAAGCAAAGAUUAUAAUUGCUUGCAUGGCGUUGCACAACUUUAUUAGAGAUAGCAAUUUGAGUGAUAAUGACUUUGAUACACUUGCAUCUGAUGAGACAUAUGUUGAUGGGGAUUCGGGAACUACUACUAGUUAUGUUGGUGAUGAGGAAGAUAUGGAAGAUGUACGAGAUGCUAUUGUGCAAGCAUUGGCCGGAGAAUAUUGA